AUGCGACCUCCGCGCCUAGUUUUGCUCGCCUUCUGUCUCAUCUUCUUCCCCAUCUUCCUCACCUUCUAUUCCGCCCUCACAUCGUCUCCUCGUGUAUCUACACCUAGUUCGUUUGCUGGUCAGUCCACCGGUCUCCACGCUCUCUUCUCCUUCAACCUGCCAUCGUCGCUUUUCCCUCCCUCCGCCAUCAUCAGUCUCACCGAUGAGAACUCGACGUUCUUCCUAGCCAGACCCGCAGCGUUUGGUCCCCUCCUUCCCGAAAAGGGUCUCAGUGGCAGACUAUGGGUCGGUAGUGGUUUUGGAGAGAGGUCGCCUCUCGCUGGCAGAGAGUUGGGUUGCUCCGAUAUCCCGGGAUGGAAAGAAGGCGAUUCCCCUCCCGAGAGCCGUGUUGGAAAAUCUGCUGCCGAUGAAGGAGAUCCUGGAAUCUCUCAAGGCAAAAGCCACACCGAUACCCUGCAGGGCUCCUCCCUUCAAAGCGGCGCACAUCUUCAGUCACUACCAUCCUACGAUGGCACGGACGACCAUCUCCACCAUCCUCUCCCAGAAUCCGUUGUGGUCGACUUAGCCGCGGCCGAGAAAAGCCGUGACUUAGCUCAACCUCUAAAAGCCGCGCACGCAGACAUACAAUCUUUGCAAGAGACUGCCGAAAUCAGUGGCCAGGUCGUUCUGCUGAGCAGAGGAGGCUGCGGAUUCUUGGAGAAGGUCAAGUGGGCUCAGCGGCGUGGCGCGUUAGCGUUGAUUGUAGGGGAUGAUACUCGAGGAGGAAGCCUUGUUACAAUGUACGCGCGGGGCGAUACCUCCAACGUAACAAUCCCCGCAAUGUUCACGUCCUACACUACAGCCCACCUUCUAUCAUCUCUUAUUCCCCCGCAGGUUCGGGAGGAAUUGCCUUCGACAAGCGGUACAAAGACGAUCGGCAACUAUUACACUGAUGCAACGCCAGUCGUUUCACCGUCUGCUUCAUCCUCAUCUACCCAUCCAGCUGCCAGCCAGAGCCCCGCUGAGGAAUCAGAGUCUGGCCUUUUUUCGAAGGUGAUGUCAGUCCUUGGCUUGGGUCGUGGUGAACAGGUGGAAGGCUCCGUGCAAGGAAACAGGCGGCCUCCUAGCAGUGGCAAUAUAGAUUGGGUUCCGAUGGACCACUGGGACGACCAGGAAACGUCCCAGAAAGGCAAAAUUAACCACGGUUUGUAUUUGGGAAAGGACUCAAAUGACGCCAAUACCAACCCAGGCAGUACGGAUGGGGAUGGUUUUGUCAUCGGCGUACAAGACUGGCGAGACCCUGAUCUUGUUGCACCAAAAAGCAGCGCAAUGGCGGUUCCCACGGGUGCCCCUGUGCCGGAGAACGCUAACCAGCGUUAUGACAAGGGAGCCCAGUUUACAUCAACGCUUAAGGGAGGCAGCAUAACUCCAGGGAGCGGGGAAUACCGUGCCGUGGAGAAGUCUAGCCUUUCCAAAGAACAAGCGAAGGAAAUGGCAUCGCAUCAUUCGUCUGGAUCUUCUGACAGAGUUGCAAAGUCACAAGGUGGCUGGUUCUCUCGGCAUUUCCUCGGUGCUAGGUCUGAGGGAGUUGAAACAGUCGGUACUAAGCGGGGAAUCACUGGCGGUAUCUUGAAGCAGAAUCCCAAAGUCAAAGAGCAUGAAGGUUUGUGGGUCACGCUCACGCCGACUAGCAUGUCUACUAGUCCUUUCUUCGACACUCUCCUCGUUCUCGUCGUCAGCCCGCUUCUCACCCUAUCCGUUGUUUAUAUCCUUUUGUUGCUUCGGUCGCGCAUCCGGCGACGACGUUGGCGUGCUCCUAAGUCUCUAGUUGAGCGUCUUCCGGUGAGAACGUAUCAUACUAUGGCAACUUCUUCUUCCUCCUCGUCUAGCUCUCUAAGAACUCCCAGCCCUGGGCCUGUCUCGCAGACAUCACCUCUUCUGGGUUCGAAAAGCUCUGCAGAAUGUGCACGCUCUUCCCGGCCACGAUAUCAGACGGUGGAGCCAAGGUCAUUCGAUUCUAGGAGAGAAAAGUCUGGCGCAUCUACGUUCCGUCGAAAAUACACUGGGCGGCAAGUUGAGUGUGUUGUUUGCCUUGAGGAAUAUAUUGAUGGGCAAAGCCGUGUCAUGAGCCUGCCAUGCGGCCACGAAUUCCACGCCGAGUGCAUUACUCCGUGGUUAACAACCCGUCGGCGAACCUGUCCGAUCUGUAAAGGAGACGUCGUUCGAUCCAUGUCUCAGAAUAACCGUUCCGAGUCACGGAGCGAAGACCCCGACUCGCAUCGUGGUGCGUCAUCUGCACCGGUUCCAAUUGCGCCGAUUAGCGACGAUGAAAUGUCAGACUUGGAACGACAUGUCUCCUCGGACACCGGUCUUGAGCGACACAGUUCCUCAACUCCGCCGAACUGGCGAAACUUUGCAGCUCUUAGUUUAUCCGCCCUGAGCGGCGAUACGAUCUGGCACCAAGGCAGGCCUGACAACAACAAUAACAACAACUAG